UACUUCAUAUCAUCACCGGGAAGGAGCGAGCCGCCCCCGUACAUCGUUCCUAUCCAGACACUCCAGCAUGGAUCUCCGGGUCACCUCCAUCCUCCUCUGUCUGGUUGGGGUGCCCUUACCCGUUUUCACUGAUGUCAUCUCACAACCCCCAACUUGGAGCAGGAAAGAUCCUUCAAGGAAUAUCACGGAACUAUCUCCAGUGACACCAGAAGUUUUUGUCUCUAUAAAUUUCACCUCUGAGGACACAGUGCCUUCAGAGUCUUCAGUUCCAGCAACUUUUCUGAGGAGCGAGUCCUCACCAGUAUCUCCUCCAACCAAACCCGAGAAGCCCAACUCACAACCAAGCCCUAGUAGAGGAGAGACCAUGUCACCGAACAGCAAUAUGACUGCCGCAGGACCUAUUCCAAUAAACAAAAACAUCACAUCACCUACUAAGAGACCUCGGGCCAUCUCUUUACCUGGUCCAGAGACGGAUUCCACUGAACUUCUGGUCACCUCAGGACCAUCUGCCACCAUGAUAAUGGAAGGGGAUACAUCCCCUAAUGAAGCCAGAAAUCUCGCCACCAGCACUUAUCCUUCUGCAUACUUGGACAGAGUUUCAUCUGAAAAUGCUUUUGAAACCCACCCACAAACCAACCCAACAUCAUCGACUGCCACAACUGCACCAACCUACCCACAAUCUUACCAAAAAUCAACAAUAGGCACAACUGCACCAACUUACUCACACAUUUACCCAACAUCAUCAACAGCCACAACUGCACCUGUUUUUUCCCAAACUUACCAAAUAUCACUGACUGCCACAACUACACCACCUUACCCACAAGUUUACCCAACAUCAUCAACAGCCUCAACUCACCCAACAUCAACAGGCACAACUGCACUAGCUUAUCCCCAAAUGUACCCAACGUCAUCAACGGCCACAACUAAAUCAACUUACCCAACAUCAUCAACAGCCACAACUGCACCUGCUUAUUCCCAAACUUACCAAAUAUCACUGACUGCCACAACUACACCACCUUACUCACAAGUUUACCCAACAUCAUCAACAGCCUCAACUCACCCAACAUCAUCAACAGCCACAACUGCACCAACUUACUCCCAAACUUACCCAACAUCACUGACUGCCACAACUACACCACCUUACCCACAAGUUUACCCAACAUCAUCAACAGCCUCAACUUACCCAACAUCAACAGGCACAACUGCACCAGCUUAUCCCCAAAUGUACCCAACGUCAUCAACGGCCACAACUAAAUCAACUUACCCAACAUCAUCAACAGCCACAACUGCACCUGCUUAUUCCCAAACUUACCAAAUAUCACUGACUGCCACAACUACACCACCUUACUCACAAGUUUACCCAACAUCAUCAACAGCCUCAACUCACCCAACAUCAUCAACAGCCACAACUGCACCAACUUACUCCCAAACUUACCCAACAUCACUGACUGCCACAACUACACCACCUUACCCACAAGUUUACCCAACAUCAUCAACAGCCUUAACUUACCCAACAUCAACAGGCACAACUGCACCAGCUUAUCCCCAAACUUACCCAACAUCAUCAACGGUCACAACUACACCACCUUACCCACAAGUUUACCCAACAUCAUCAACAGCCUCAACUCACCCAACAUCAACAGGCACAACUGCACCAGCUUAUCCCCAAAUGUAUCCAACAUCAUCAAUGGCCACAACUACAUCAACUUACCCAAUAUCAUCAACAGCCACAACUGCACCUGCUUAUUCCCAAACUUACCCAACAUCAUUGACUGCCACAACUAUACCAUCUUACCCACAAAUUUACCCAACAUCAACAGCCACAACUUACCCAACAUCAACAGGCACAACGGCACCAGCUUAUCCCCAAAUGUACCCUACAUCAUCAACAGCCACAAAUUACCCAACAACAACAACUGCACCAGCUUAUCCACAAAUGUACCCAACAUCAUCAACAGCCACAACUUACCCAACAACAACUGCAUCAGUUUAUCCACAAAUGUACCCAAAAUCAUCAACGGCCACAACUGGAUUAACUUACCCAAGAUCAUCAACAGCCACAACUGCACCAACUUCUGUAGUAUCAGCAGGAACUGCAACCCAAGCAAUAACUUCUAAUAUGUCUAAUGCCACAUCACUAGCUGCCCAAACUGUAUCAGUCUCAUCUAGCAUUACUAAUUCUCCAUCACCAAGUACAGCACCUGCAAUAUCGAUGGCUCUUACAGGUCUAAUAACAUCUCUGGCAACCAAAUCGACACUUUUACCGUCAUUACCAUUUGUAACAACUGCGCCGAUAGCACCUAAUAUUACAAACUCUACUUUGCCAACUACCACACCUGCCUUAAUGAUGGCUUCUGUGACUCUAACCCCAUCACUUGGAAGCCAAACGUCACCCAUACCAUCUAACAUAACCAACUUAACAUCACCAACUGUGACACUGAUGUCUACUCUUACAAGGCAAACUACAUCACUGGGAACCAAAACAACACUAUUGCCGUCUGAUAUAACCAACUCAACAUUAUCAUUGGUAACAAAUGCACCAAUGAUACAUAAUAUGACCAACUAUACAUCACCAACUACCAGAGCUCUACCAAUGUCUCUCAACUCUACAACUUCCAAAAUUGAACCAACCUCAUUCAUUGUCUCCGAUGAAACAUCACCAUCCACCAUAGUUGUACCGAUAAUGUCCAAUCUGCUUUCCAACACAACACAAGCUACCUUGAGUUCCCCUGCAUUAUCAAAUCUAGCUAGUUUAACAUUAUCGACUACCAUAACUGUGCCAAUAACAUCCAAUUAUAGCAAUAUUACAUUACAAGGGAACACAGUUGCACCAACAGUGUCCAAUACCAUUGGGUCAACUUCAACCUCAAGAACAUUAGGCCUGAAUACCACUAUACUACAAGUUACUGGGACAAUACUGUAUAAUACCACAGGCUUCACAUCACUGGCUACCAAAACUGUACCAGUGACUCCAUUUAUCACCAAAACCAUAAUACCAGAUACAGCAGCUACAACAUCUAAUGUCACUGGAGUCUUGUCUGUGGGUGCAACCACCUGGCCAGCAGAGUCUAAUACAUCAGAUGCACCAAAUAGGCAUAACGUCACCAUAUUAUUGUCCCAAGCUGCCACCACUGCACCUGUACCACCUGUUUUAAGUACCUCUAUUUCGCUAGAUGGAAGAACUGCUGCAGUAAUGUCUAAUGUUAGUCAGUAUUCUUCGCCAUCAACCACAGCAGUGUCAGGAACAUCCAACAUUACUCCCUCUGUGUCUCCAUCUUUAUUGCCCAAUAUAACUGGAUCCGCAUUAUUAGAUUCCAGAACUGUCCCAAUAACAUCUAAAAUAUCUACGACCCUAGGAAGUACCACAGUUGCGGCAACAUUGAAGAAUAUAACGGGUUUAAUGUCAACAGUAGAUCUGAAUAUGUCACCGAUUGUAGGAAGUACUCUGGUACCAUCAAAGAUAUUUGGCUCCUCAUCAAUGGCUACCAAAACUGCACCAAUGAUAUCUGAUGUCACUGACUCUUCUGGAACCAAAACAACAGAUUCAAGAUCAAAUAAAUCAGCUGUGACCUUAACAUCCACCGUAACUCCACCAAUAACCACCAACAUUUCUUUUGUAAGCCCACCGGCCAACCCAACUGCUCCAAUAACGAUCGUCGCUUCUACAUCACCAGUUAGCAAAACGGCACCGAUAGUAUAUCCUGUCAAUGGAGCUUCAUCGCCAACAGCGGUCUCUACGAUCGGUGAUACCACAUCUAGACCCUCUGCUCCGGUGAUUCCCACUACACUGAUGACACGAUACACCACUAAAGCCUCUUUACCAAAUCCGGUUUCUGAGAGCAAUACCAUCCCAGUAAUGUCUGGAAUUACUGGGUUGACCAGUACGCCAAGCCUGGAAAAAGUUUCAACAACUGCCAAAACACCUUCAAGUGCCACAACUAUGCCGACAGCUUCUUCAACUGGUUCUCCAUCAACCAGUACCCCAACUAUACCAUGUAAUACAACUUUGACAAUUACGGGAACAACAUUUUCUACUGGAACUGAGCCAGAACAUUUGAGCUUCCCAACUAAGACGUCAACUGCUUCCACGCUGGGACAGGUCAAUGCUACCAAAACUACCACUAACAUGACUGAUGGCACUACUGAAAUGCGGCCUACAGAGGCCGUCACCUUGGGAACUUAUGAGAAAAAGAGCAGAGGAAUCUUGGCGCUGAGAUUGAAACUGGAGUCAUCCGCCAUUUAUCCCUUCACAACGCAGGCCAUUCUAAAACUGAUAUGUUCCAUGCUCAUCCACGAUCUGUCAGUUAAACACGCAACAGUGACCUGGGGACUGCAGAGAACAUCAACUGACUGUGACACCUUCCUGGACGCUUCAGUAUAAGCCGGAGAGCAGCCGUCUGAACAGAUCUGCUUAUUCGCAUUUAGGUUGCCCACAUUCCAGAUCCCCGGUGGGAUAUCAGGCAAACGGCCAUGGCUGCAGAAAACUGUUUUUUUUUCCAUACCAUCAGCAUUGCAAUAUUUGGCCCCGCAUGUGGGCGGGGGAAGUCCUUGGCAGUACCUUAAAGGGAACCAACGGGGCAACGUCUUCUAGGAACUUCCUUCUUUCUAUGAGGAACAGUAAACCGUACAGCAAUUGUUACCCCAAAGUAUACACUUAGGGCCAAAUCCACAAAUAUCGGGCGCAACUUAAA